AUGUCAACGAUAGGGAAGGCUAUGUCAAAGUUCCGGCUGGCCGUCAUCCAGCUGCAGGUAGGCAGUGUCAAGGCGGACAACCUGAACCGGGCCCGGAGGUUUAUUGACGAGGCGGCGGGGCAGGGAAGCAAAGUGGUGCUUCUACCGGAAUGCUUCAAUUCGCCAUAUGGAAGUGGCUUCUUCCCCGCCUACGCUGAGAGGAUUCCAGGAGAGUCCACGAAGCUUCUCGCCCAGGCGGCUAAGGAUAAUAAAGUCUACUUGGUCGGAGGUUCAAUUCCCGAGGAGGAAGCAGGCAAGUUAUACAACAGUUGUGUAGUGUUUGGACCAGAUGGACAGCUUCUUGUCAAACACAGAAAGAUCCACCUCUUUGACAUCGACAUUCCCGGCAAGAUCCGCUUCCAGGAAUCGGAAACGCUAAGCCCAGGCAAUAGCUUGUCCAUGUUUGAAACACCUUUCUGCAAAGUGGGCGUGGGAAUUUGUUAUGACAUGAGGUUUGCUGAGCUAGCGCAGCUCUACAGCAGGAAGGGCUGUCAGCUGUUGCUCUACCCAGGAGCCUUCAACAUGACCACAGGUCCAGCCCACUGGGAGCUCCUCCAGAGGGGAAGAGCUUUGGACAACCAGGUGUACGUGGCUACAGCGUCACCCGCCAGGGACGAGAGCGCCUCCUACGUGGCUUGGGGUCACAGCACUGUGGUGAACCCCUGGGGGGAGGUUAUCUCCAAAGCCGGAGCAGAAGAGGCUGUCAUCUACGCUGAUAUCGACCUGCAGUACCUGGCUGACGUGAGAGAGCAGAUCCCCAUCACGGCCCAGCGCCGCCACGAUGUUUACGCCGUCACCUCUGCGCAGGGGGAAGCCAGAUGA